GUAUUUCCGUCGUAAAGACUUUCUACAGUAGACAGCCCUAAAAUAGGCGAUAAUUUCCAUUUUCUGUGACAAAACAAUAACAUGGCGACCACGAGGGUAAUCUCAAGAAUACCGGCUUUUUUCCCACGCCGUCACCUAUCAACGAGUACAGUGGCCUGUGGUAAAGCUGUGAAGGGGCCAGAUGUAGUCUUGAAGGAGCGAGAAUGGCAACUCGAGUUUUUUCAGGACAAAGGAAAAAUUUACGACAAGAAGCCCUUCAAGUUUACUUUAAAAGAAGGCAAGAAGUAUAUUUGGUGCUGUUGUGGCAAUAGUAAAACUCAGCCUUUCUGUGAUGGAACCCACCUGAGUCCAUUCCUGAAGAUCAAGCAAAAACCUGUAGUGUUUAAGGCUCCAAAGACUAUGGAUGUUUGGCUGUGUAACUGCAAGCAGACAAACAACCGCCCUUUUUGUGAUGGCACUCAUCGCAGGCCAGACAUUCAGGCAGCAAUUAAAGACUAGGCAUUGUUAUAAGAUUCUCUUUUGAUAUUGCAUAUUGAAGAAGUUGAAAACAGAACAUGGCAUCAUUUUGCGAUAAAGAUGAAGUAGCUGCAAGUGAGUUGAUGAAUGCUGUUGAAUAUGAUUUGCUUAACUAGUGGGUAUUAAUGUAUUUAUAAGAAAAUGAUACCUAUUUCUAUUGGGUAUGUACUGUUGCAUGUAAAGUCAAAAACAGAUAGAAUCCCAUUUGUAAGGUAAAUGUAAAUUUGCAACAAAGAGAUUUCUCCACAGAAUCAAAUGAAAUAAUGAAAUCAGAGAGUUUGUCUGUUUUUAUGUUUUAUUGAAGAGUGGUUGGUAACUAGUAUGAGCCAUGUAAUUUGUUCAGUUGGAGUUUUGACUUCUGAUGUAAAUAUGUUACGAAGUUAAUUCCAUAUUGGAACAGAGAUUUAUUUAUUCAUUUUGUAAGUUAAAGCUUGUGGGAUAUCAUUUUGUAGAUGUGUAAAUACCAAUUGUUUAUAAAUAGUUCAAUUACAA